AUGCUAUUCGAUAGAGUAUAUGGAGACAAAUGGAAUCCUAUAGCAAUAACAAUUGCUGGUGGAAAUAGCAAGGGUUCAAAUGCAAAUCAAUUAGAUGAUCCUUGGGGUAUCUUUGUGAAUAAUGAGAACAAUACUUUGUAUGUUGCAGAUUCAUGGAAUGAACGUGUACAAAAGUUUCAAGUAAAUUCUAUAAAUGGCAUAACCUUUGCAGGUGGAAAUGGUUAUGGUCAAUCAGCAAAUCAGUUUAAAUAUCCAACAAGUAUAUAUGUAGAUAGUCAUGAAAAUAUUUACAUUGCUGAUAGAGAUAAUUAUCGUAUACAAAAAUGGACUAAAGGUGCUAAAAAUGGUACUACAGUGGCAGGAGGAAAUGGUGAAGGAUCACAAGAUAAUCAAUUUAACAAAUGUUUUGGUAUGUAUAUGGAUAAUGAUGAUAAUAUUUAUGUAUCAGAUGAGGGUAAUCAUCGAAUAAUGAAAUGGACUCCUAACUCCAAAUAUGGUAUAAUUGUUGCUGGUGGGAAUGGUUAUGGUUCAGCUAAUAAUCAACUGAAUGAACCAAUGGGAAUAUAUGGAGAUAAAUAUGGAGAUAUAUAUAUAUCAGAUAGUUUGAAUAAUCGUAUCCAAAAAUGGUCUAAAAAUGCUAAAAGUGGUGUAACAGUUGCUGGUGGACAUGGAAAAGGAUCAAAUGAUAAUCAAUUAGCUAAUCCAUCCAGUGUUAUAGUUGAUGAUUAUGGUAAUAUAUAUAUAUCCGAUACUCGAAAUCAUCGUAUACAAAAAUGGGCUCCAAAUGCAACAAAUGGUACAACAAUAGCUGGUGGUCAUGGUGAUGGAAAUAGUGCACAACAAUUAGCUUAUCCAUCUGGAAUAGCAUUAGAUGCAAACGGUAAUCUCUAUGUUGCUGAUAAUGAGAAUAAUCGUAUACAAAAAUUUGUUAAAAUUUGA